AUGGCUGAAAAACAAUUAAAGAAUCGUGUUUGUAUUGUGGGAUCAGGAAAUUGGGGCUCUGCCAUAGCAAAAAUCGUAGGGAGAAAUGCAGCCCGCCUCCCUAAUUUUGAAGAUAGAGUUACAAUGUGGGUUUAUGAAGAGAUGAUUGAAGGCAAAAAAUUGACAGAAAUUAUAAAUGAAACACAUGAGAAUGUUAAAUAUCUUCCAGGACAUAAGCUACCAGAGAAUGUUGUUGCAGUUCCAGAACUUGUUGCAGCAGCAAAAGACGCGGAUCUUUUAAUAUUCGUAGUUCCUCACCAGUUUGUUAGAACAAUAUGCUCUACACUACUUGGCCAGAUUAAACCCACAGCGGCAGCCUUAUCCUUAAUCAAGGGCUUCGACAUCGCCGAAGGUGGUGGCAUUGACUUGAUAUCGCAUAUCAUCACGAGGUGUCUGAAAAUUCCUUGCGCUGUUCUCAUGGGUGCCAACAUUGCGUCAGAGGUAGCAGAAGAGAAGUUCUGCGAGACGACAAUUGGCUGUCGCGAUGUUAUGCUGGCGCCCUUGAUGAGGGAUAUCAUUCAGACCGAAUACUUCAGGGUCGUGGUGGUCGAUGACGAGGAUGCUGUGGAGAUCUGUGGUGCUCUCAAGAACAUAGUGGCUGUUGGUGCAGGAUUCGUGGACGGUUUGGGUUUCGGCGACAAUACGAAAGCUGCCGUUAUUCGUCUCGGUCUCAUGGAGAUGAUCAAGUUCGUGGAUGUUUUUUACCCUGGAAGCAAACUUAGCACAUUCUUCGAGUCGUGUGGUGUUGCUGAUCUUAUUACCACCUGCUAUGGUGGCCGAAAUCGUCGAGUAGCAGAGGCGUUUGUGAAGACCGGUCGCUCCAUCAAAGAGUUGGAAGAUGAAAUGUUGAAUGGCCAGAAGCUACAAGGUCCCAUCACGGCGGAAGAAGUCAACCACAUGUUAGCCAAUAAGAAUAUGGAGAACAAGUUCCCCUUAUUCACCGCAGUAUUCCGCAUAUGCCGCGGUGAACUCAAGCCGAGUGACUUCAUAGACUGCAUCCGUUCACACCCCGAGCACAUGAAACAGCUGGGGCCAAAAUGUUCUCUGUGA